AUAAUAUUUACAUAAAUUACAUUAACUAUCCUCGUGAAGACACGAUAUUUAAAAAAAUAUAUAUGUUUUUAUGUUAUAUUAAGGUUCUCGUCCUGACUGAAACUGUUUGGGGUGAUUCAAUCUAAACGAUCUGGCAACAUUCCGCCAUAGCACAGACUCGGAGGCAAAUGCGGACCGCUUAGCUAGUGUGCUAGCAACAUACAUGUGGAGGGGAUCUCAUCCCAAACUGUGCCCAAAUUCCCCUUAGACUGACAAAUAUCGCCAACUUGCCCUGUCUCCCUCACAACAAACGUGUUUUCUUCAACAUGAAAGGCCGGAUCGAGUUGGGGGAUGUUACUCCCCACAACAUUAAACAAUUGAAGCGUCUCAACCAAGUGAUCUUCCCUGUCAGCUACAAUGACAAGUUCUACAAAGAUGUUCUGGAGGUAGGAGAGCUCGCCAAGCUAGCAUACUUCAACGACAUUGCAGUUGGUGCUGUGUGUUGUAGAGUGGAUCACUCUCAGAACCAGAAGCGACUCUACAUCAUGACACUGGGUUGCCUAGCACCUUACCGCAGACUUGGCAUAGGAACGAAAAUGCUGAACCAUGUGUUGAACAUUUGUGAGAAGGAUGGCACUUUUGACAACAUUUAUCUUCAUGUGCAGAUAAGCAAUGAGUCUGCAAUCGACUUCUAUCAGAAAUUUGGCUUUGAGAUCAUUGAGACAAAAAAGAACUAUUACAAGAGGAUAGAGCCAGCAGAUGCCCACGUUCUUCAGAAAAGCCUGUGCAGCCCAUGUGCGCCCCCUGCAGGAGAGAUACAAAAAGCAGACUAGAGGUUGAAGUGCAACACAGAUUGGUCUAUUCCCCCAAAUGGAACUGUAACCGCUGCCCCACGGUUGACACACUCACCACAUUUUUCAGAGGACAUAUUAGACAGAAAAAGUCAAUGAAAUAUUUGCUGCAUUUAUUGUGCAAAAACUUUAGUCCCCCCAAAUUUGUGUUCUCUUUUUUUCCAUUUCUUCAUUCAGAGAGUUGAAAUUAGAUGGAGGUUUUCAAGCAGAAUCCAUAAGUGCUCCAAAAAGCUGCUGACUACUUUUUGUUCUGACAUGGUGAAGGUUAUGGUUGCAAAGCAUACUGUUUGCAUUUGUUUUAGAUUUGAUAAAGGUAAGGGGACAUAGCUUUGCUUGGACAAAACAUUAGAACUAAAGUCUUUCUAAAUAUGACCGUUCUUGACCUGAGAUUCCCCAGCUGGCAACCUUGGAGCGUUUGUUUGAAUCGUCUUAGGGACACAUGGAGUCCUCAGAACCUGAGCACCCCGCCACCUGAACCCUCGGACACAUGGCAAGGGAACUACUGGUGGCAGAAACUUCCUGUUUCACCAUACAGGCAAUAUGCAAUGUUGGAGAGUUGCAUGUGAUGCAAUGUCUCCUUUUGAUGUCAGUCGCCUCUGUCUGUCUUGAGGCUAACCCAGUGAGGGGAAAAAAAAAGAGCGUAAAACCCCCUCAACUAAGAGAGUGGUAAAACUGUUUUGGUAUGGGGGAGGUCAAGGGGGAUAAACUCCACUCGUUUGUGAAUGUUUUUCUGCCCAAUAUUUAAUAUCCCCAUCUUGUUCUUUUUUAUCUAUAGAUUGAGUCUGGGCCUUUUCUGGGGUUUGAAAUAAUGCUGCUGGUGAGAUGUAAAGGCUUCAGAUAGCAAACAUGUAUGGCUUUUAUUGGCCUUUAUGGUUGUGUUGAUUAUGGUGGAUCGAGUUCUUAAAUAAUUUUUAGUCCACCAGGACUCAAGUUAGAGUUUCUAAGUUUUUGAUGUGUGUUUAUGCAUUUGAAUCCUUGCUUCUCACUUAAGGUAACACUUUUGCAGCAAAAAUACAUAUGUCCUCCCACAACGUAACAUUACAUUUCAGUGAUGUUCACUGACUACCACCUUUUUCCCAUGCACAGUGGGAGCAUUGCAGGUCACUUCUACAUAAGUUUAUUUUAUAGGACUUAACAGAGUCAGAUCCCAGAAAAAUCCCAGACUCCGUGCAAGUUAGGGGAGACAUGCCCUCUCCAAUGUAGUAAAAGCAUGUUUCUUCCCCCUCAUUUCUUUGAAAAUUUUUAUCUUUUCUGGAGCUCUAUAUUGUAUGACUUUUAAACCUCUAAAUAAAAUUACUAUUU